AUGAGCGAGAAAAAAUCGAUAGGCAACAUGUUUUUGAAGAGUGGAAUUGAGAAAAUAUUGGCGGAUCGAGAUAUAAAGCGAAAAGAGAAUUUGCAGCUGAAAAAAGCUUGUGAAAAUGCGAUUGGUGAGAUUUUCUGGGGGGAAAUUUUGAUUUUCUAAGUUAAUUUCACGCUGAAAAUGUUUUCUAAGCUGAAUUUUAAGCUGAAAGUUCAAAUUUUCCAUCAAAAAUUAAAUUUUUUGAUAUAAAAUUUAUGAAAAUUUGAUAAAAAUGUCUAUUUUUUUUGCAAAAAAUGAACAAAAAAAUUGAAUUUUCAAAUUUCCGCGUGACCCAUUUAAAAAAAAAAGCUUUAUUUUUGAAAUUUUAAAAAUUAGAAAAAGGUGAGCUCGAAAUUCAGCCUGAAAUUGAUUUCAGGCUCAUUUUUAGCUGAACAUUAAGCUGAAAAUUGAAUUCUAGGCUGAAAUUUCACUCAAAAACCCCCGAAAUCUUGUUUUUCAUUCAGAAGAACUCAAAUCCGACGAGCAAAAUCAUCAAAAUGGCUCACAAAUUCCUGCAAUUCACAAUAUUUCCCAAUCAAAUGGUGAAUUUCUACCAGAAGCUGGAAUAAAUAUGGAAGCCGAUCGAUAUUUUUUGCCUUUUGAAUUGGCUUGUAAUUCGAAGAGCCCCAAAAUUGUGAUAACUGCAUUGGAUUGUUUGCAGGUAAGGCUUAGGUUUAAAAUGGUCCAAAAAAAUUAAAUUUUUCCAGAAACUUAUUGCCUACGGUCAUCUAACCGGAAAAUGUGCGGAUAUUUCGAAUCCAGAGAGAAAAUUAAUCGAUCGAAUUGUUGAAGCAAUUUGUGCCGCAUUUGUUGGACAAGGAACUGAUGAAACUGUACUUUUACAAUUAAUUAAAGCAGUUUUGGCGGUGGUUUUGAGUAAUCAUUGCGAAGUUCAUGAAGCAUCGCUUUUAUUAGCUGUUAGGACUUGUUUUAAUAUUUAUUUGACGUCAAAAAGUCCGAUUAAUCAGGCGACUGCGAAAGGAACAUUGACACAGGUGAGAAAAUGACGAAAAAUUAGAGAGAAACCAUGUUUUUAAACAAAAAUUGAAUUUCUUGUAAUUUCUGGUAACACAAAAUUACAAAAAAAUCAAUGUUUAAGCAUAAUUCAUGGAUUUUUAGGUCUAUGUAACUUUUCCGGUUAAAGUUAAACUCGAAAUUCACAAACAAAAAUAAGAGAGAAACCAUGUUUUCCAAAAAAAAAUUUUUAAUUUCUUGUUUUUUAAAGUGACUAGAAAAUACAAGAAAUUCAAAAAAUAAAUAUUUUUGAAUAAAAAUUGGAUUUUUUUCGAAUUUCUUGUAUUUUAGGUGACUAGAAAUUACGAGAAAUUCUAAAAAUUGUUUAAAAUGAGCCUGAAUCCAUAUCUUUGCAAUUCUUGUAAUUUUGAGUUACCAUAAAUUACAAAAAAAUCUGCCGGGCUGUGUGUUCCUAUAACCUAAAGUUACCAGAAAUCCCUCAUAGCCUCCCAAAAAUCCCCGUUUUUUUCCAGAUGAUCAACACUGUUUUCGGAAAUAUGGAAAAAUUUGGAAAUAUGAAAGACGACAACACAAUUGUCAAAGAAGUUGUCGAGAAUUUGGUCGCGACUACUGUAGCCACAGAAUUGGUGGGUUUUUUAUCCCUAAAAAUUCACGUGGCAGGAUUACUGUAGAGAUAACUAGUUUCUUUAGGGGGGGGGUAUCUAAAUUUUUACAAUUCUUAGAAACAGGUCAUGUGGGGUAUCAAACUGAUCAGGAAACUAUGCUAAAUCUAUUAGAAACUAUUUUGAUUCCUAAAAAUCCACGUGGCAGGAUUACUGUAGAGAUAACUAGUUUCUUUAGGGGGGGGUAUCUAAAUUUUCACAAUUCUUAGAAACAGGUCAUGUGGGGUAUCAAACUGAUCAGGAAACUAUGCUAAAUCUAUUAGAAACUAUUUUGAUUCCUAAAAAUCCACGUGGCAGGAUUACUGUAGAGAUAACUAGUUUCUUUAGGGGGGGGGGGUAUCUAAAUUUUCACAAUUCUUAGAAACAGGUCAUGUGGGGUAUCAAACUGAUCAGGAAACUAUGCUAAAUCUAUUAGAAACUAUUGUGAUUCCUAAAAAUCCACGUGGCAGGAUUACUGUAGAGAUAACUAGUUUCUUUAGGGGGGGGGGGUAUCUAAAUUUUCAAAAUUCUCAAAAUCAGGUCAUGUGAGGUGUCAAACUGAUCAACAAACUAUGCUGAAUCUAUUAGAAACAAUUAUGAUCCCUGAAAAUCCACGUGGCAGGAUUACUGUAGAGAUAGCUAGUUUCUUUAGGGGGGGGUACCUAAAUUUUUAAAAUUCUGAAAAACAGGUCAUGUGGGGUACUAAACUGAUCAGGAAACUCUGCUGAAGCGAUUUUGAUCCCUAAAAAUCCACGUGGCAGGAUUACUGUAGAGAUAACUAGUUUAUUUAGGAUGGGGGGGGGUGUACCUAAAUUUUCAAAAUUCUCAAAAUCAGGUCAUGUGGGGUAUGAAACUGAUCAGGAAACUCUGCUGAAGCGAUUUUGAUCCCUAAAAAUCCACGUGGCAGGAUUACUGUAGAGACAACUAGGUUCUUUAGGAUGGGGGGUACCCAAUUUUUCAAAAUUCUCAAAAUCAGGUCGUGCGGGGUGUCAAACUGGUCAGAAAACUAUGCGCAAUCGAAUUUUACUAGUUUCACAACCCGAAAAUCCACGUGGCAGGGUUACUGUAGAGAUACAUAGUUUCUUUAGGGGGGGGGGGUACCUAAAUUUUCAAAAUUCUCAAAAUCAGGUCAUGUGAGGUGUCAAAAUGAUCGGGAAGCUUUGCUGAAUCUAUUAGAAACGAAAAAAAAUCCAUGUGACAAAAUCAUCCCCCAAUUUCAGACUGAUAUGGAAUCCCGAAAAGGUUGCUCAACAAAUGGAGAAAGUGAAAAAUUCCAAGACGAACAUCAGCUGAAUUUUGUCAACAUUUAUCAAAAAGACGCAUUUCUGGUAUUCCGUGCACUUUGUGUUUUGGCACAAAAAGAAGAAGGAGAUAUAAAUGACACAAGAAAUACACAUCUACGCUCAAAAUUGUUGGCUCUUGAAAUGCUUCUGUUAGUCCUCCAAAAUUCAUCGACAAUCUUGCAAAACUCACAGCCUUUUAUAAUAUUGAUCAAGAAGAGUUUGUGUGUUGCUUUGUCGAAAAAUGCGGUUAGCGCAAAUGUGGAUGUUUUUGAAAAAUCGCUGGCGAUUUUCGUCGAAUUAUUAGAUAAAUUCAAAGCGCAUCUCAAAACUCAAAUUGAGGUAUUUUUCAAAGAAAUUAUCUUGUCGAUGUUGGAGUCGGCGACUUGUCCAUUUGAGAAGAAAUGGAUUGUGUUGAAUACUAUUGGUGAGUGGAGUUUUGAGUGGUUUUGUGAGCGGAAAAUCGGGAAAAAUGGAGCAUUUUGAGCUAAAAUUGGAAUUUUUGGAAUUUCUUGUAAUUUUGGAUCACCUAAAAUUACGAGAAAUUCAAAAAAAUCAAUUUUCAACAUUUAUAGACAUUUCUUGUAAUUCUUGGUUACCUGAAAUUACAAGAAAUUCUAAAAUUACGAUUUUGUGCCUCCAGAUUGUUUUUUCAGUCAAAUUUCGCAAAUUUUCAAACAAAAAUCACUUUCGGGUUCAUUUUCAGCCUGAAGGUAAUUCCAGGCUGGAUUGUAAGCUGAAAAGGCCUAUGCUCAAACUUUUAGCUCGAAAUCUGAAAAUUUUAGCUCACGGCCUCAUUUUCAGUCAAAAAUCAAAUUCUCAGCUCGUUUUUUUUCAGGAAAAAUUCUCGGAAACCCCCAAUCUGUUGUCGAUAUGUUUGUGAACUAUGAUUGUGAUUUGACUUCGCAUAACUUGUUUAAAAGUAUUGUGGAAGUUGUUUCGAAAACGAGCCGAACUUCAAUUAAUGAGAAUUCGACGAUUCAGCAGAAGGAAAAGUUAGUUUUUUUGGGCGGGAAAUUGAGCUAAUAUUGAAUUUUUUGAAUUUCUUGUAAUUUUUUGUCACCGGAAAUUACUAGAAAUCCAAAAAUUGCUCAUUGUUGUUUAAAAAAACAUGGUUUCUGUCUUAUUUUUGUUUGAGAAUUCAGAAUUUUUGCAGAAAAUGAUUUUCAACCAAAAAAGUUAAUUUUUUUGAAAUUUUGAGUUAUCGGAAAUUUCUAGAGAUGAAAAAAAAACAAGAAAAUUUGAAAUUUUCGAAUUUCUGGUAAUUUCAAAACUACGAGAAAUUUAAAUAAUUCAGAAAAAUCAAAAAAUCCGAAUUUCGCGCCUGAAAUUUGCUCAAACACGUGGAAAAAUUGAUUUUUUUUGUGUUUUCUUGUAAUUGUUUGUCACCGGAAAUUACUAGAAAUGCAAAAAAUUCGGAAAAUUCGAAUUUUUGGUCUCGAGAACAAUAUUUUUUGAAAAAUCCGAGUUUUCUACCUGAAAUUCACUCAAAUAUGUAUUUUCUUGUAAUUGUUUGUCACCAGAAAUGACUAGAAAUGCAAAAAAUUCAGAAAAUUCAAAUUUUUCACCGAAAAAUCAACAAAAUCCCGUGAAUUUUCAGAGAAAGAGCGAUGCGCCUUCUUGGAAUCAGCUGCCUUACUGAUCUUCUUCAAUGUCUCGUCGAUUGGUUUCAAGUUUGUGAAGUGGCAAAAAUCAGUCAAGAUUUAGACGAGAAUCGCGAAACGACACAAGAAACAACGCAAGAUUUUGAGAAAUUUGAAAAUCUCAAACAAAAAAAGGAUCUCAUGGAACAAGGAAUAUUGCUUUUCGCUCAAAAACCCAAAAAAGGCUUGAAAUUCUUGCAAGAUCAUGGUUUUGUUGGAACUGAAGCUGUUGAAAUUGCCGAGUUUUUGAUCAAAGAAGAACGAUUGGAUAAAACUGUUGUAGGCGAUUAUUUGGGAGAUCAUGAUGAGUGAGUUGAGAUUUUUAAAAAAUUAAUUGUAAGCUGGAAAUUCUGAGCAGUUUGACAUCAAAUAUGAUAUAUUUCGGGAGAAUUUUGAAAAUUUUUCGAAAAAAGCCGAAUUCCUACCUGAAAUUCACUCAAAUAUGUGGAAAACUCGAAUUUUUUGUGUUUUCUUGUAAUUUUUGUCACCGGAAAUUACUAAAAAUACAAAAAAUUAAGAAAAUUCGAAUUCUUGGUCUCCAUAACAAAUUUUUUUGAAAAAUCCGAAUUUCCCGCCUGAAAUUCGAAUUUAUUGUGUUUUCUUGUAAUUUUUGUCACUGGAAAUUACUAGAAAUGCAAGAAAUCCAAAUUUUUGUUCUCAAGAACAACAUUUUUUGAAAAAUUCGAAUUUUCCACCUGAAAUUCACUCAAAUAUGUGGAAAACUCGAAUUUAUUGUGUUUUCUUGUAAUUUUUUGUCACCGGAAAUUACUAGAAAUGCAAAAAAUUAAGAAAAUUCGAAUUUUUGGUCUCCAGAACAUACAUAAUUUUUUGAAAAAUCCGAAUUUCCCGCCUGAAAUUCACUCAAAUAUGUGAAAAACUCGAAUUAAUUGUGUUUUCUUGUAAUUUUUUGUCACCGGAAAUUACUAGAAAUUCAAAAAAUUCAGAAAAUUCGAAUUUGUGGUGUCCAGAACAAAAUUUUUUGAAAAAUCCGAAUUUCCGGCCUGAAAUUCACUCAAAUGUGUGGAAAACUUGAAUUUAUUGUGUUUUCUUGUAAUUUUUGUCACCGAAAAUUCCUAGAAAUACAAAAAAUUAGGAAAAUUCGAAUUUUUGGUCUCCAGAGCAAAAUAUUUUGAAAAAUCCGAAUUUCCCACCUGAAAUUCGAAUUUAUUGUGUUUUCUUGUAAUUUUUGGUCACCGGAAAUUACUAGAAAUGCAAAAAAUUAAGAAAAUUCGAAUUUUUGGUCUCCAGAACAACAUUUUUUGAAAAAUCCGAAUUUCCCACCUGAAAUUCGAAUUUAUUGUGUUUUCUUGUAAUUUUUUGUCACAGGAAAUUACUAGAAAUGCAAAAAAUUCGAAAAAUUUUGUUGAUUACAUUGUUUGACACCCAACAUGACCUAUUUUAGAGAACCCAUAGGUUUUCGGGUUACUGUAGUGUCUAGCUUGGGUCCCGCAACGAAAUAUACCGUAAUUAUAGUCAUAUUUUGAAUUUUGGCGCGAAAAACUGGGGUUUACACCGUGUUUUUGCAGAUUUCACAAGCAAGUAAUGUACGCCUACGUGGAUGAUCUCGAUUUCUCCUCUCUCGACAUUGUAACAGCCCUCAGAAUGUUCCUCGAAAAAUUCCGACUCCCAGGCGAGGCUCAAAAAAUCGAUCGACUCAUGGAGAAAUUCGCCUCAAGAUAUUGUGAUUGUAAUCCGAGUCUUGGAAUUUUUGCAUCCGCUGAUACAGCCUAUGUUCUAGCCUAUUCUGUAAUUAUGCUAACAACUGAUUUGCACAGUGCGCAAGUCAAAAAUAAAAUGACAAAAGAGCAAUAUAUUAAUAUGAAUCGGGGAAUUAAUAAUGGCGGAGAUUUGCCGUCGGAUUUGCUAGCCGCAAUUUAUGAGGAUAUUUCGAAAAAUGAGAUUAAAAUGAAGGCCGGAGCCAGCACAUUGCUCAGAUCAACUGGAGCCGGCAACUCGGCGCAGGCUAAUGAACGACAAAGACGCGCGAUGGCCACGUUGGAAAUGGAGGCGAUGAGUGAGACGGCGAGAACACUUAUGGAGAGUGCUAGUGAUGCGGAUGCGAAUUUCACGCGUGCGCAACAUCAACAUCAUGUUAAGCCGAUGUUUAAGGUGAGUGUUUUUGGAUUCUCUGGGAAAUUUGGAGCAUUUUGAGUGGAUUUUUGAGCUCUAUGGGAAAUUUGGAGCAUUUUGAGCCCGCGCAUGAAAUAUUUUAAAUCGCCAUGUGGAUUUUUGAGCUUCCUGGGAAAUUUGGAGCAUUUUGAGCCCGCGCAUGAGAUAUUUUGAAUUGCCACGUGGAUUUUUGAGCUCUCUGGGAAGUUUGGAGCAUUUUGAGCCCGCGCAUGAGAUAUUUUAAAUUUCCACGUGGAUUUUUGAGCUCUCUGGGAAGUUUGGAGCAUUUUGAGCCCGCACAUGAGAUAUUUUAAAUUGCCACGUGGAUUUUUGAGCUCUCUGGGAAGUUUGGAGCAUUUUGAGCCCGCGCAUGAGAUAUUUUAAAUUGCCACGUGGGUUUUUGAGCUCACUGGGAAAUUUGGAGCAUUUUGAGCCCGCACAUGGGAUAUUUCAAAUUGCCACGUGGAUUUUUGAGCUCUAUGGGAAAUUUGGAGCAUUUUGAGCCCGCACAUGGUAUGUUUCAAAUUGUCACGUGAAUUUUUGAGCUCUCUGGGAAGUUUGGAGCAUUUUGAGCCCGCACAUAAGGUAUUUCAAAUUGCCACGUGGAUUUUUGAGCUCACUGUGAAGUUUGGAGCAUUUUGAGCCAGCACAUGGGAUAUUUUGAGUUGCCACGUGGAUUUUUGAGCUCUAUGGGAAAUUUGGAGCAUUUUGAGCCCGCAGUAGAUUUUUUUGGAUGAAAAUUUUCAAAAAUAUGUCAUAUGAGGUCUCAAAAUGCUCAGAAACCAGUAAAAAUCCACGUGUCAAUCCUAAAUCCCCCAUUUUUUCCAGAUCUGUUGGACGCCUUGCCUUGCCGCAUUUUCUGUUGGUAUCCAAAUGUCGGAUGAUGAAAAAGAAUGGUCACUUUGUCUACGUGGAUUUCGCCUCGGAGUUCGUGCAAGUUGUGUACUUUCGGCAACACUCGAACGAAAUGCUUUUAUCCAAGCGCUGGCUCGAUUCACACUUUUGACCGCAAAAAAUUCGAUAAGUGAAAUGAAGGUGAAAAAUAUUGAGGCAAUCAAAUUGUUGCUUUUAAUUGGUGAUGAAGAUGGUGAUUAUUUGGAGGAGAAUUGGAUGGAUGUUAUGAAGUGUAUGAGCUCGUUGGAAUUGGUGCAAUUAAUUGGAACUGGAUUGAAUAGUGGUGGAGGGGUGGAUAGUUCGAGACAAUGUGAGUUUGAAAUUUAAAAAAAAUUCAGAAAAAAUGGUUCAUUUUUACCCAAAAUCCUGGAAUUCAUAUAGGAUUUUUGAACCUGAAAAUCAGGAUUUUUAAGCCAGAAAUUUUGGUUUAAAAAAUCCAGAAUUUAGCCCUAAUUUAUCCCAAAACAUCUGGAAUUUUUAAUAGAUUUUUUUUGAGCUGGAAAUGUGCCAAAAUUCAUCUGAAAAUCAGGAUUUUAAAGCCAGAAAUUCAUUGAAUUUGAUCCAAAAAAUCUACUGUUUCAAAAUAUUUUCAUAUGUUUUUAUGAAGAACAUUGAAAUGAUCAAUUGAUUCUUUUCGGUUCUGAAACUGUUCUUAAAUUCUUCAUAAUAAAAUUGUCAAAUAAUUUCAAAAAUCUCGAAUUUUUAGCUGAAAUUCAUCUGACAAUCAGGAUUUUUCAGCCAGAUUUUUUAGAGUUCAAACUGAAAUUUACUCAGAAAUUCCUUAUUUUUUAUUUAAAAACAAAAUCUACUGUUUCAGAAUAUUUUUCUGGAAAUUUCAGAAUUUCUAUAAUUUUUUUGACUGAAAUUUGAAACCAAAACAUUUCCGAAUUUUCUCACAAAUUUUGAUUUUUCAAGCUGAAAUUUGAAAAAAAAAUUGAUUUUUUUGGAAAUUUAAAAACGUGUUGUUUCUUUUUUUUUUGACUCCAUGAAAAUUUAAUUUCAAAAUUUCUUUCAAACUGAAAAAUCUUACAUUAUUUUGCACACAAAAAUCUGGAAUUUUCAGCCAAAACUUUUUCAGAUUCAACCUAAAAUUCAUCCCAAAAAAAUCUACUGUUUCAAAAUAUUUUCAUAGUUUUUCUGAAGAAAAAUUGAUUAAUAAACUGUUCCUAAAUUCUGGAAUUUUUAGCUGAAAUUCAUCUGAAAAUCAGGAUUUUUCAGCCAGAAGGUUUUUUUAGAGUUCAAACUGAAAUUUACUCAGAAAUUCCUUAUUUUUUAUUUAAAAAAAUCUACUGUUUCAAAAUAUUUUUCUGGAAAUUUCAUAAUUUUUCCUGGAAAUUUCAGAAUUCGCUCAAAACAUGUUUUUUUUUGACACAAAUCUGGAAUUUUCAGCCAAAACUUUUUCAGAUUCAAAUUAAAAUUAACCUGAAAAUUUCUAGUUUUUUCAUCCCAAAAAAUCUACUGUUUCAAAAUAUUUUGGAAUAGUUUUUCUGAAGAAAAUUGUGAUUAAUUUUCGACUUGUUCCAUAAAUUCUUCAAAUACAAUUGUCAAAUAAUUUAAAAAAUCUGGAAUUUUUAUCUGAUUUCAUCUGAAAGUCUGGAUUUUUCAGCCAGAAACUUUUUUAGAGUUCAAAUUAAAAUUUACCCAGAAAUUUCUAGUUUUUAUCCCAAAAAAAUCUACUGUUUCAAAAUAUUUUCAUAGUUUUUCUGAAGAAAAUUGAAAUGAUUAAUUUAUACAUACUUGUUCCUAAAUUCUUCAUAAUACAAUUGUCAAAUAAUUUUAAAAAUCUGGAAUUUUUUGGCUGAAUUUCAUCUGAAAAUUGGAUUUUUCAGCCAGAAAGUUUUUUAGAGUUCAAACUGAAAUUCCUUAUUAAAAAAAUUUGACUGUUUCAAAAUAUUUUCAUAAUUUUUCCUGCAAAUUUGAAUUCGCUCAAAACAUGUUUUUUGAAAAGUCUGGAAUUUUUGGCGGAAAAAUCCUUUCUUCCAGAUGUGCUCAAAAAUACGGGUGGUCUCGACGACCGUACUCUAGCAAACCUCCAAGAUGCUCUCAACGAAACCUCAUCUCAAAGUGUCGUCGUCGCCAUCGAUCGAAUAUUCCACGGCUCCAGCCGCCUUUUCCGCAGAUGCCAUCGUAUUUUUUGUGCGCGCCCUCUGCACAGUCUCCCGUGACGAAUUAUCGCAAGCCGCAGCUCCGCGCAUGUUUUUACUCGGAAAAAUGGUCGAAGUCGCAUUCUAUAAUAUGAAUCGGAUUCGACUUGAGUGGAGCAGAAUUUGGCAUGUUAUUGGUGAGCAUUUUAAUAUGGCUGGAUGUAAUACGAAUGAAGCGGUUGCUUAUUUUUCUGUCGAUGCUUUGCGACAAUUAUCGAUCAAGUUUUUGGAAAAGGGAGAAUUGCCGAAUUUCAAAUUUCAAAAGGAUUUUUUGCGGCCGUUUGAGGUGGGUUUUUGACUUGAAAUUCAGAUUCUACGCGAAAUUUUAGUCUAGAAAAAUUAAUUUUUGAACUCAAAAUUUCUCACAUUUUUUCACUGUUUCAAGAAUUUUAUAUGAUUUUUUGGGGGAUUUUCGAAAAUUAAUCGAUUUUUCCCAAAUUUUUUGAAAUUUUCAGCAAAUUUGAACCUGAAAUUCGAAUUCUACGCGAAAUUUUAGUCUAGAAAAAUUAAUUUUUGAACUCAAAAUUUUUGACAUUUUUUCACUGUUUCAAGAAUUUUAUAUGAAUUUUGGGGGAUUUUCGAAAAAUUGAUGAUGAUUGUGUGGGUUCUACUUUUCAUAUAAAAGGCAAUAAGAUCCAAAACCAAAUUUUUUGAAAUUUUCAGCAAGUUUUGAUCUGAAAUUCGAAUUCUACUCGAAAUUUUAACCUAGAAAUAUUAAUUUUUGAACUCAAAAUUUCUCGAAUUUUUUUUUCACCGUUUCAAGAAUUUUAUAUGAAUUUUGGGGGAUUUUUGAAAAUUAAUCGACUUUUCAAAGGUGAACCAAAUUUUUUGAAAUUUUCAGCAAAUUUGAACCUGAAAUUCGAAUUCUACGCGAAAUUUUAGCCUAGAAAAUAUAGUUUUUGAACUCAAAAUUUCUCACAUUUUUUCACUGUUUCAAAAAUUUUAUAUGAUUUUUUGGGGGAUUUUUCGAAAUUGAUGGGUUUUUCAAAAGUGAACCAAAUUUUUUGAAAUUUUCAGCAAAUUUGAACCUGGAAAUUCAGAAUUAUUGCUUGAAAUUUUAGCCUAGAAAAAUUAAUUUUUGAACUCAAAAUUUCUCGACAUUUUUUUCACUGUUUCAAGAAUUAUAUAUGAAUUUUGGGGUAUUUUCGAAAAUUGAUGAUGAUUGUGUGGAUUGAAUUUCAAAUAAAUUUUGAUUUUUCAAUCUUGAAUUUUUCAGCAAAUUUUGAUCUGGAAUUCAGAUUCUGCUUGAAAUUUUAGCCUAGAAAAAUUAAUUUUUGAACUCAAAAUUUCUUGACAUUUUUUCACUGUUUCAAGAAUUUUAUAUGAAUUUUGGGGGAUUUUCGAAAAUUGAUGAAGAACGUUCCGAAUUUUCAGCUAAAAAAUUCUGGAAAAUUCAAGUUCAACUGGAAAAUCUGAAAAUUUCAGCAAAAAUUCAAUAUUUUGCUCAAAAAUAUGCUUGUUUGAUCUUAAAAUUAUCGAAAUUCGAAGAAAAUUCUGAAAAUUGCAGGUAAUAAUGGCGAAAAAUGGGAAUGCUCAAACCCGCGAUCUUGUCGUCCGAUGUUGCACUCAAUUAGUCGAAGCCCACUCAUCGCGUCUCAAAUCCGGCUGGCAAAAUCUGUUCUCAGUGUGGACAAUCGCAGCCGGCGAUCCAAAUAUGGAUAUUGUUGACACGUCAUUCACAGCCGCUGCUCAUGUCAUCGAAACACGUUUUCGCGAAGAUUUUCCAUCAAUUUUGGACUCGUUUCAAGAAGCGCUCAAAUGUUUGCAGGAAUUUGCGUGUAACUCGAAUUUGCCCGAUAUGAAUAUGGAAGCGAUUCGAUUGAUUCGAGUUUGUGCUGAGUGAGUUUUUCGGGGGUUUUUUUUUGAUCGGAAAUUGAAUUCUACGCGAAAUUUUGACCUAAAAAUUAAUUUUCAACCCAAAAUCUGAAAAUUUUGACCGGAAAAUUCGAAUUCUACGCGAAAUUUUGACCUAGAAAAAUUAAUUUUUGGCUCAAAAAUUUCUUGAAUUUUUUCACUGUUUCAAGAAUUUUAUAUUAAUUUUUGGUCGAUUUUUGAAAAUAGAUGAUUUCUCUCUCCUUCGAAUGAUAAAAAACAUUUAAAAUUAAAUUUCUAGAAUUUUUCAGAAAUUUUGGACCUGAAAUUCAGAUUCUACUUAAAAUUUUGACAUAAAAAAAUUAAUUUUUGGCUCAAAAUUUUCUUGAAUUUUUUUCACUGUUUCAAGAAUUUUAUAUGAUUUUUCCGGUCUUUUUAGAAAUUGAUUUCUCAAUUGAAUGAUUUGAAAAAAUCAAAGAUUAUCUACCUUUUUAAUAAAAUUAUGAAAAUAAAAUCUAGUGUUUUUCAGAAAAUUGGACUUGAAAUUCAGAUUCUACGCGAAAUUUUGGCCUAGAAAAAUUAAUUUUUGGCCCGAAAAAAAUUCACUUUUUUUCCUAUAUUUUUCACUGUUUCAAGAAUUUUAUAUGAUUUUUUGGGAAAUUUUUGAAAAAUUAUUUCUCAAUUGAAUGAUAAUAAAAAACAUUUAAAAUUAAAUUUCUAGAAUUUUUCAGAAAAUUUUGAUCUGAAAUUCAGAUUCUACUCGAAAUUUUAACCUGGGAAAAUUUAAUUUUGACCACGAAAAAAUUCACUUGUUUUCCUAUAUUUUUCACUGUUUCAAGAAUUUUAUAUGAAUUUUUAGGGAAUUUUUGAAAAAUUGUUUUGACAACAUUUCAAUAGGCUCCACCUAAAUUUAACCCUGAAAUCUCCCAAUUUUUUCACAGAUAUGUCUCGAAAAAUCGCGAAAAAAUCGACGAAGCUGCCCGAGAUGAUAAUCACGUGAUUUCGGCCGAUCAACACGUUUGGCUGCGUGGAUGGUUUCCGAUAUUUUUUGAGUUGAGGUAAGUUAGACUUGUCAGAACCCAAAUUUCACGCUGAAUUUGAAAUCUGCGUGCAAUUUUAGAAAAAAUGAUGCCACGUGGCUCAAAAUAUUCCAAAAAAUCCCCGAAUUUUCUUUCAGCUGCAUAAUAAAUCGGUGCAAAUUGGAUGUUCGAACGCGAAGCCUGACAGUAAUGUUUGAAAUUAUGAAACAUCAUGGAGCGGAUUUCCGGCCCGAAUGGUGGCGGGAUUUAUUCGAAAUUGUUCUUCCGUAUCUUCGAUCAUGCAAAAAUGGAUGAUCAUAGAAGUGAUGUGGGUUUUUUGAGGAGUUUGGGAUGAAAAUUGGGAAAUUUUUGAGCCAAAAUUCGAAAAGAUUCGAUUUUUUGAGCUAGGAAAAAUUCACUGUUUCAAAAAUCACAGAAAUUUCUUUUGAAACUUUGAAAUUAAUGAUAACAUUUCUUUAUUCAUACUCAAAAAUCUACUGGAAAUUAAAUUUUUCACUGAAAAUCUCGCACUGAAAAUAACAAUUGAGCUGAAAAUUUGGGAAUUUUUAAGCUAGGAAAAAUUCCCUGUUUCAAAAUUUUUAGAUUGUAAAUUCUUGAGACAUUUUUCAAAUUUUUUGUAAUUUCGUGUAUUUUUUGAUGUUUAGAAAUUACCAGAAAUUCGAAAAAUUCCAAUUUUAGAGUUCAAUUUUUUGUUUGAUAAAUAUUUUGAAACAGUAGAUUUUUUGUGAAAGAAAAUUUCCAGAUAGAAAAAUAUCUGAAAUUGAUUUUUACUCACCCAAAUUUCACCGGAUUUUUUUCACAGAAACGCGAAUGGAUGAGCACCACCUGUAAUCACGCCAUGUUAUCCGUCGUCGAUGUUUUUACCCAAUUUUUCGACCAACUUUCUGUAUAUGCACUUCCGAUGAUCUACAAACAAUUUGCUAUUUUUAUCAGACAGCGUGAGUUUUUUGGGGCCAAAAAUGCGAAAAUUCGGGAUUUUUUCAGCAUUGCUCAGGUUAGAAAAAUUAUUUUCAUUUGAUUUUUGAGCUCAAAUUCCAAGGCUCACAAUUAUUUAUUUUUAAAAUAAAAUUGGUUUUAUUUUGAUUUCAGUAUUGCUCAGGUUAGAAAAAUUUAAUUUUGCACCAGUUUCAUGGUAAAAUGAACAUUUUCAGAAAUGUUGUUUCCAAAAUUUGAAUUUUUCAAAAAAAUAGCAUUGCUCAGGUUAGAAAAAUUCAAUUUUUCACCAAUUUCAUGAUAAAAUGAACAUUUUCAGAAAUGUUGUUUCCAAAAAUUUGAAAUUUUUGAAAAAAAAUAGCAUUGCUCAGAUUAGAAAAAUUCAAUGUUUCAUGAAAUUUACGCAAAAAUGAACAUUUUGAGGAAUGUUGCCUUCAAAAUUUGAAUUUUUCAAAAAAAUAACAUUGCUCAUGUUAUAUUUCGUCAAUUUUCAUGAUUUUCAUACCUCAAAAAUAUCGAUUUUUUCCCUUUCAGAAAAAAUGAGCAACUUGCUCGAUGCACAAUCAGUUGUCUCGAAUCGCUAAUCCUUCAAAAUGGCGAGAAUUUCACCGAUGACAUGUGGGUUCAAACCAUCGAUCUGAUCAGCGAACUAUUUGCCGCCACUUUACCGAAAUCACUUUUGGACUUGGGAACCGACGGGAAAUAUUGUGGGAGGCGGAAAAGAUGAGAAAAUUGUCAAUGUGGAGUGGAGCGAUUGGAGGUGAGUGGGAGUUUUUUUUUGACACUGCAAAUAGUUGCCAAGGGCCCGAAAAAUCCACGUUUUUUGAGCCUAAAUAAGCCCUAGGAUACUGUAGAUAUGUGGAUUAACAUGAGCAAUAAUCAAUUUUCCUGAUUUUUUAACAGUUUCAAGUUAACAUGAGCAAUGCUCAAUUUUUUUACAGAAACUUUUUUCUCCCAAAAUUUUCACGGUUUCAAAAUAUUUUUAAACGGAAAUUCUUCGAUUUUUAACUGUUUCAAACUAUUUUUUUUCUGAAAAAUAAAAAUUUAAAAUCAUAAAAUUUCAGUUAUUCCUGAAAAUUCUGAAAUUUUUGCACAAAAAAAUUGUUUUCCAAUGUUUCAAAAUGUUUUUGAAAGAAAAUCGGGAUUUUUUUCUGAUUUUCUUUCAGUUUGUUAUUGGUUCUAAAAGAAUUUUUUUAAAAAUUUUGUUUUGGCCCGAAAAAUCCACGUUUUUUGAGCCUAAAUAAGCCUAUAGGAUACUGUGGAAAAAAAUGUUAUGUGGAUUAACAUGAGCAAUAAUCAAUUUUUCCUGAUUUUUUCGAAAGUUUCAAGUUAACAUGAGCAAUGCUCAAUUUUUAUUACAGAAACUUUUUUUCUCCUAGAAUUUUCACUGUUUCAAAAUAUUUUCAAACGGAAAAUGGGGAUUUUUCUGAUGAUAAGAUGAAAAUUUGUCGAUUUUUAAAUAUUUUUUGAAAAAAAAAAUAAAAAUUUCAGUCAUUCCUGAAAAUUCUGAAAUUUUUGCACAAAAAAAAUUGUUUUCCACUGUUUCAAAUUUUUUUGUAAAAAAAUCGGGAUUUUUCUGAUAUUUCUUUCAGUUAUUGGUUUUAAAAGAAUUUUUUUUUUAAAUUUGUUUUGGCCCGAAAAAAUCCACGUUUUUUGAUCCCGAAUAAGCCUAGGAUACUGUAGAAAAAUGUUAUGUGGAUUAACAUGAGCAAUAAUCAAUUCUCCUGAUUUUUCUAAAAAUUUUCACUGUUUCAAAAUAUUUUUAAACGGAAAAUGAGGAUUUUUCUGAUGUUAAGAUGAAAAUUCGUCGAUUUUUAACUAUUUUUUGAAAAAAUAAAUAAAAAUUUCAGUUAUUCCUGAAAAUUCUGAAAUUUUUGUACAAAAAUUUUUUUAUUUUCCAGCGACGACGCGAUUUUUGCCGAACAAAUCAUUUUUUGUGUGGUCCAAAAUGAACUAGUUGAAGCUGUGACGAGAAUUGUAUUUGGAUCGAUGAAGGGUGCGUUUUUCGAGGGUUUUGGUGUGAAAUUUUGAAUUUUAAAAAAAUUAUAGAAAUAAAAUUGAUUUAGCGAUUUUAAUUCUGAGUUACUGUAACUUUUGGCACUAAAAAUGGCAGAUUACCGUAGAUUACUGUAGUAUGAUUUUCCGCGGAUUUUUAGUCGCCAAAAUUUUAAAUAAAAUAGCUCUUCAAAAAUUUACUUUUUCAAGUUUUUAAUAUUUUCUGGAAUGCAUUUCUUGGUCCAAAAUCUAGCUACAGUACACUUGGAAAAACUACGUUUCAAAAUUCGGAUCUUUGAUCAUAUUCAUUAAAAUUUUGUGGGUUACUGUAGUUUUGCAGAUUCCCAAGACGACGGUUUAUAUCUGAAAAUGAAGCCCGCCUUAUUAUUGAGCAUUUGUGAUGCUCUUGCUCAAAGCCAAAAAUUGGCCAAACAAUUCAAUGAUAAUAAUGGGCAGAGGACACUUUUGUGGAAAGCUGGAUUGAGAGGAUCGAGUAAACCAAAUUUGAUCAAGUGAGUACUGUAUGCGCCUUUAAAAAUGGAGUAUUUUGAGUCUAAAUAUGGGGAAAUUCGAAUUUUUUGUAGUUUCGUGUAUUUUUUGACGUUGAAAAAAUACGAGAAAUUCAAAAAUUUGGAAUUUUGAGCUAUUUCUCAUUGAAUUUCGAAUUUUUUGUAAUUUCGUGUAGUUUUUGACAUCGAAAAAUACGAGAAAUUCAAAAAUUUGGAAUUUUGGGCUAUUUUUCAUUGAAUUUCGAAUUUUUUGUAAUUUCGUGUAUUUUUUGAUGUUUAGAAAUUACGAGAAAUUCAAAAAUUUGGAAUUUUAAGCUAUUUUUCAUUGAACUUCGACAUUGUUUGUAAUUUCUCAUAUUUUUUGACGUCGAAAAAUUACUGAGAAAUUCAAAAAUUUGGAAUUUGGAGCUAUUUUUCUUUGAAUUUCGAAUUUUUUUGUAUUUUCGUGUAUCUUUUGACAUCGAAAAAAUACGAGAAUUUUUUAAAAUGUGAAUUAUGAGCUAUUUUUCAUUGAAUUUCGAAGUUUUUGUAAUUUCGGCUUUUUUUUUAUGUUUAGAAAUUACCAGAAAUUCGAAAAGUUCCAAUUUUUCUCCGAAUGUUUCAAAAAUCACAAAAAUAUCACUGUUUCAACUAAAAACCCCCGAAAAUGCAUAUUUUUUGUAUUUUCUUGUAUUUUUUCCGUCAACAAAUUACUAAAAAUACGAGAAAUUCGAAAAUUUCCCGAAAAUUCAACAAAAAUAAAUUUUUUCUAUCAUGAUUUAUCACAAAAAUAUCACUGUUCCAACGAAAAAUCACAAUUUUUACACACACAUUUUUUGCAGCCAAGAAACUCGUUCACUCAGCGCAAUGUUGGCCAUAAUUCUUCGAUUAUUGUAUGAUGAACGGGCUGAUGAAAUCAAGGAAGAAGUUGGAAAACGUGUAUUAGAGUAAGUGUUUUUGGGCUGGGUUACUGUAGGUUUGAAAUUUGCUACAAAAUGAGGUACAGUAAGACUAGGGUUACUGUAGAAAAUUUGGAUACUUGUUUGAUAUCAUUUUGUAUAUCUACAGUACUCUUGGGUUACUGUAGAAAAUUUCGGAGUUUCUAGAACUUCAAAUUCUCUACAAAAUGAGCUACAGUAUCCCUGGAUUACUGUAGAAAAAUAGAAUUUUCUAGAGUAAUCCAUUAAUUUCCCAGAUUCUCAGCUACAGUACCUCUGCACCUACCGUACCCCAAGAUUUACAGUACCAAAUUCUCCCUUUUUUGCAGAGUAGUUUCGCUGGCGUUGAGCGGUUAUGGUGAAGCUGAAUCCGAAUCUCGAAGAUCUGCCUAUGGACCUGUGAUUUGUGAAUUAUUGACCGAAUGCAUCAAAUUGCCCAAAGAAAUGUUGCCGAUUUUGGGAAGAGAAUUUCCGAUAAGGUCAGGAUUACUGUAGGGAUUUUUGGCGCGAAAAUGUGGGAAUUUUUUGAGACCAAAUAGGCCUGGGAUUAAAAAACAUAAUUUGACGCUUAAAAAAUAGAAAAAUACUCAAAAUUUAAUGAAAUUGGUUUGAAGUUCCGAUUUUAUCAAAAUUAGUUCAAAAAUUAAAUUUUCUCGGAAUUUUGACACUAAAAAUUAUCAGAAAAUGGGUGUGAAGAUGCGAUUAAAUCUCUAAUUCAGAAAAAUUUUGAAACAGUUAUUUUUUGAGAAAAUUUAAAUUUAAAUUUUUUUAUUUUCCGAAUUUUCUUAGAUGAAAAAUGAUCGAAUUUUCAGUUCUGUAAAUUUCGUAAAAUCGAGAAAUUUUACGAAUGUGUAUAAAGGAUAUAUGCGUCAAAUGAAAAAAAAAUCGAUAAAUUUUGGGAGUUUUUGAAAAAUUGUCGCUAGCAAAACUCUAAUAAAAAAUUUCCAAAAAAAAAAAAAAAAAAAUUAUUAUCAAAAUUUUGAAACGUAAAUUUUUGUUGAAAUUUAAAUUUAAAUUUUUUUUAUUUCUCCGCGUUUUCUGGGAUGAAAAAUGAUGAAAAAUUCGAAUUUUCAGCUGCAAAUCCAGAUAAUUUAAGAUUUCUAGCCAAAAAUUCUGUAAAUUUCGUAAAAUCGAGAAAUUUUACGAAUGUGUUGGAAGGAAAAAGUGCAAUAAAAUAAUUUCAAAAAAAAUUUAUUAUCAAAAUUUUGAAACGUAAUUUUUUGUUGAAAUUGAAAUUUUAAUUUUUUUUUAUUUUCCGAGUUUUCUGAGAUGAAAAAUAAUAAAAUUCGAAUUUUCAGCUGGAAAUCCAGAUAAUUUCAGAUUUCUAGCCAAAAAUUCUGUAAUUUUCGAAAAAAAUCCGGAAAUUUUAUGAAUGUGUUGGAAGGAAAAAAGUGCAAUAAAAUAAUUUCAUAAAAAAUUUAUUAUCAAAAUUUUGAAACGUAAUUUUUUGUUGAAAUUGAAAUUUUAAUUUUCCGAGUUUCCUGGGAUGAAAAAUGAAGAAAAAUUCGAAUUUUCAGCUGGAAAUCCAGAUAAUUCCAGAUUUCUAGCCAAAAAUUCUGUAAAUUUUGAAAAAAAUCGGGAAAUUUUAUGAAUGUGUGAUAAAAUCAAAACUCUAAUAAAAAAAAAUUCCAAAAAAAUUUAUUAUCAAAAUUUUGAAACAGUAAUUUUUUGAGAAAAUUGAAAUUUUAAUUUUUUAUUUUCCGAGUUUUCUGGGAUGAAAAAUAAUGAAAAAUUCGGAUUUUCAGCUGCAAAUCCAGAUAAUUUCAGAUUUCUAGCCGAAAAUUUGAAUUUCUCGCUUCAAAAUUCAUCAAAACUUCCCAAUUUUAAUUUCAGAGUUUGCGAUUUGGUCGAAACUGCUGAAGGUCAAAAAAUGCGCAAACUUUUGGCGCAACUUUUGCGUCAACUCAUCCCACCAACACCUCAGAAAUCUUCAUGCACAAAUGGCACCGUAACCUGA